AUGAUCGAACGAAGCGCACGAGCAUGGCUAUCAAUUGUAGUAGUGCAAGCUCUCGGUAGCAUUUGGAUCGCCUAUUCGAAUCAGACAUCCAAAUCGCAUUUUGUUGCUCACUCACCAGUUUUAUCGCGGACUCAUGCGUUACCAUUAGCACUACUUUGUAUAUUGCGGAUUGUCGUAAUCUUCGAAUUUCAAUCGAUACCUCUUCACGUUGCUCAUAUUUUGCUUUCGCUUGCUACUGCCAUUCACACAUUGUCCGAAGUUUUCUAUUUUGGAAGCAUGACAUAUGGAGUUGUAACUGUCACCGAAGUUACGUUGAAUGGAUUUUCCGCGGUCCUUCUGACGGCCCUGAUAUUCUUCAAAAUCUCCCAAGAGCCACAACCCGAGCGUCGUCGACCAAAACGAUUGACCGCCAAGCACCUGAUGGAAGGAAAUCUUCUGACACCUGAUGAGGAUGAUGAGCUAGUGAAAGCUUACAAGAAAUUCAAGUGA